UGCGCGGGGCUCGGCUCAACUCAGACUUGGGAGGCGGAGGUUGGAGCUGCUGCUCCUCGGAGCUCUGAGGGAGAAGCAACAGCAGCCGCCGCCGCCACCGCCACUGCCGUCCCAGGCAUCCUCCUCCUCUUCCUCUUCCUCUUCUUCCGCCUCCCCAGCGUCUCCUCCCCGCUUCCCUUCCUUGCAGCCGCUCUACUGCCUUCCUUUCCUCACUCAAGCGGGAGCCGCCUUUGGGUCUUCUCUGUUCUGUGUCUUCCUCCCCCCUCCCACCGCCCGGCGGGAACCGGGGGACCCCCGGGGGCAGCGGCCGCUGCUGCUGCUGGGAGGGGGACGGGCUGCGAUGAGGUUGGUCCAGAGAUGCCGGUCCCCUUCUUCUACCCUCUCCUCCUCCCCUGGGGCGGCGGCGGGGGCGGGGGGCGAAGAGAAGCAGGGGCUGGCUCCUCCUGGGAAGAACCCCUUCGUUCAUGACCUGCGCUUCACCCCGUUACAAAAAGUCCAGAUUGCUUUCAUGACUUUGACUCUAUUUCCAAUCCGACUUUUGUUUGCUGCAUUUAUGAUGUUACUGGCAUGGCCAUUUGCAUUUGUUGCUUCACUGGGAUCUGCUGAGAAAGAACUUGAAAAGCCCCUGGCUUUAUGGAGAAAGGUAGUAGACUUUCUGCUGAAAGCCAUCAUGAGAACAAUGUGGUUUGUUGGUGGAUUUCACUGGGUGAGUGUGAAGGGCAGACAGGCCUUACCAACAGAAGCUGCAAUCCUGACUCUAGCCCCACAUUCCUCCUACUUUGAUGCCAUUCCUGUAACAAUGACUAUGUCCUCUAUCGUGAUGAAAGCAGAAAGCAGAGACAUUCCUAUAUGGGGAACUCUAAUAAAAUAUAUACGACCAGUAUUUGUAUCCCGAUCUGACCAGGAUUCUCGAAGGAAAACUGUUGAAGAAAUAAAGAGACGUGCACAAUCUAAUGGCAAAUGGCCACAGAUAAUGAUAUUCCCAGAAGGAACUUGCACUAACAGGACCUGCCUCAUUACCUUCAAGCCUGGUGCUUUUAUUCCUGGUGUUCCUGUUCAACCUGUAGUUUUACGAUAUCCAAACAAACUGGAUACAAUUACCUGGACAUGGCAAGGACCUGGAGCGUUGAAGAUUUUAUGGCUUACCCUAUGUCAGUUUCACAAUUUUGUGGAAAUUGAGUUUCUUCCAGUAUAUACACCUUCAGAAGAAGAAAAGAAAAAUCCAGCAUUGUAUGCAAAUAAUGUGAGACGCAUAAUGGCUAAGGCCUUGGGAGUUUCUGUAACAGAUUACACAUUUGAAGACUGCCAGCUGGCAUUGGCUGAAGGACAACUUCGUCUCCCUUCAAACACCUGUCUUUUAGAAUUUGCCAAGCUUGUGAGAAGCCUUGGGUUAAAACCAGAAAAACUUGAAAAAGAUCUGGAUAGAUAUUCAGAAAGUGCUAAGAUGAAGAAUGGAGAAAAAAUUAAUCUUUCAGAAUUUGCUGCAUACAUGGAAGUCCCAGUUUCUGAUACAUUGGGUGACAUGUUUGCUCUAUUUGAUGAGGAUGAAAGCGGUAAAAUUGACUUACGGGAAUAUGUAAUUGCACUAUCUGUAGUAUGUAGACCGUCCAAGACUUUGGAAACAAUUCAGCUGGCUUUUAAGAUGUACGAAUCACAGGAAGAUGGAAGCAUAAAAGCAGAGGAUUUGGCUUGUAUUCUGAAAACUGCCAUAGGUGUUUCAGAGCUUAAUGUAACUGAUCUUUUUAGAGCUAUAGAUGAGGAAGAAAAGGAGAAAAUCACAUUUGCUGACUUCAGCAGAUUUGCAGAAGUGUACCCAGACUUUGCAGAAGAAUAUUUAUAUCCAGAUCAAGCAAGUUUUGAAAGCUGUGUUCAGACACCCUCUGCUCCAACUCCUAAUGGUUUCUGUACUGACUUCAGCCCUAAAAAUACUGAAGAUGAGAGCAACCCCUUUCAGAAGAAAUUGAACUAAUAAUGAAGCAUCAUCUCCUUCUCCUGGUGAAGAGGAGAAGCCCUUGCCUAGGUUCCAUUAUCAUUCCAAUACACAUGACAUAUAUACUUCCUGUCAUUUGUGAGAAUUUCCCUUUUUUUUUUUUUUAAUCUCCCAUAAAAUGUUAAUUUAUUGUCUUCAAACUUGUCUGGAAAGGUUUGGGUUUGGAUUUUUGUUGUUGUUGUUGUUUCUUUAUAAAAAGUCUGUGAGCACCAAGACUGUGAAUGUGCUACCUUCCUUAUAAUUUAUGUGUAUUUGAAAAGAAGGCACAUCCUAAUUCAUAUUCCAUUGUUUUAAUUUUAUGUACAAAGUGUCUUAAAAGAGUGUGCACGUAUAGAGAAUAAUAAUGUAGCUGCUGUGGUCUUAAGUGCACUUUGGUGAUUAGUGUUUUUCUGUGUUUGAGGACGGUUAAAUUCAGGUUGUCUAGAGUAUUGAAUUCAACAAAUUAUGCAAAGGAUAUUGUUUAGUUUUUGGAAGGCACAAAAUGGUCUAAAAUCUGGUUUUUAAUUUUCAUUAAAACAUUACAAAUAGUCUUUUAUGCUGUCAUUCCACGGUAGUGCAAAAAGGUAGGGAGCUCUGACCCCAAGACACUCUUUGUCUACACUUGAAAAUUUUAAUUUGUUGUGUGUGUUUUUGGAGCUAGUCUAAAAGACUUGCCAUCUUCCACAAAUACAAAAUGUGGAGGAUGCAUUUUCUGUUUUCUAUGUGUGUCUAAUUCUGUGUGGGAGCUUAUAAAUAUUUUUAUAAUUUUCAUUUAGAUACUUCAGGAAAUAUUCAACACUUUUAUGAAAGGGAGUUGUUUUUCUAUGUUCCCCCUCUUCCCUUUCCUAUUCCUCCCCUCCUCCCCACCCCAUAAAAGUGUGGGAAUAUUUAAUUAUAGUUCUGGGUUUGUUUUUUGUUUUUUUUUAAAUAGUAUAUGUACUAAACUCUUGAUUUUGGCUUUGUUUUAAAAUUCCAAAUAGAUUUCUACUGAAGGAAGCUAUCCUAGCCACUUGAAGUCUAUUGGCUCAUAAAGGUACUCUUUAAUAGUCUAGCCCCUAACCAAAUAUAUCUUGGCUAUUUUCACUAAUUGUGAGUUAGGAUUCCUAUUUGGUGAAUUUUUAUUUCAUAUUGACAACUUUAGGAUUCUGUUGUAAAUUGAUUUAAUUCAAUAUAGCUUAAUCCCUGAUCAAAGUAUUUGCAUAUUGCUGAAAAUCUUAUCUAUAAGGCAAGAAAAAAGUGAAAGAUAACUCAGUGAAAGGAGUUCAAGACAUUUCAGGUUAUUGUAUUGUUUUAAUUGCUUUGGUAAACUGCAAUAAUAUUCAGAGUAGAAAAAUAAAUAUCUUGAAUUUUUUUCUGUCAAAUUAGUUUGGCUCCUCCCUCCCCAUUAAUUAAUUAUUUGUAUGCAAUCAGAUCAUUUUUAAGCUUAGGGGCUAGGAAUGAGUGGAAGGAAAAUGAACUAGAAAUGUUUUUCCUGUCUGUUCAGUCUUCCAAGAGAGAGAAAAAUCUGUCUAUUAGGUUAAUGUCAAAACAGAGCUUGUCCUGUAGAAGAAAAUAUAGUAGCAUAGAGAUUCUGGAGUUUGGUUUGCAGGCACUAGUGCAACCUUAUGUAUUUGCCAUAUUAACUGUCUACCUUCUAAAAUGUUGAACCCUAAGUGUCACCUGGUAAAAUAGAUGAAAAAA